AUGAGCGUCGCGAUUCGUUUCCGAAAACUUUGGGUCAAUUCUGGGCAAAUUUUUGUCGGCAUAGUCCAAACUCUUUCUGAAGGUGGGAAAAAUAAUUUACAAGCUGAUUUUACAUUUUAUUUUCAAGUUUUUGACAAAUCAUAAUAAAUCAUUCUCACUCUCAGGAUUCACUCUGAAAGACGUUUACGAAGGCUACGCCGGGUCCUUGGUAAGUUAUAUAAAAAGUCGAAAUUUCAGUUUUAACCAAAAAUGUUUUUUUUUGCAGAAAAAGCUCGUUCCGGAGCCGUUGCACUUUUUAACGGACCGAUUCGUGAUUUAUUUCUUAUUCCAUAUUUACCUUUUCUACAUUCUCACGUUCAGCCUCGCUAAGUGCAUCGUUGUUCAUUUUAAGGUGCUUCAUUUUUAUCUGUUCAAAAAUCCUUGCGGGUUGUUCGAGAGAGGAUAGAAAGAAAAGGUAUCGAGAAGAUGAUCCUCUCGUUUCUUUUAACAAUUAAAUACUUCCACCCCUUUAUAUAUUGACAACAAGGAUUUUGGAAAAUACCGUAUUUUGCACAAAUUUCAACGGGAAAUCAUUUCAGGUGAAAGGAUGCAAAGUUAUGCCCGAUGUGUCGUUUUUACGUGAGAGAGUAGGAUUUGAAUUUUUCAAGAAAUACAUGAAUAUGAUUAAAAGCUCGGGGUGUUUGUAACAUCACUUUUCAUUUUCCACUGGAUCUCAAGUUUGGCCUUCGGAAUCCCUGCUCUGCGAGAAAUUUUUGCUUGGGCGGUCUACUUGAAACCGCAAAUCAACAUCAAGCCUCAGUUGGUGAGCCUUUUCAGAGCCAGAAAAGCGUUUUUUUUAUAAUUUCAACUUGAAACUGUUAUACAAACACAAUUUUGUUCAGAAAGUUGCCAAGAGCGACUCAAGCCAUUCGAUUUCAAUGAAAAAUGAGGUAAUACUAAUUAUCUUCAAAAAUUCAUUUUUUUUUCAGAUUGACACAGAUCUGAGGUGCAUGUUGUCUCCGGAAAACGACAGUUCUAAGAAACUGAUGAAAAAAGCCCAAUUUGCUUCAGACAGUUAUGCAGUCGCCGGGGAAAUAACCAAUUCUGUAGUCAGGUUCGUUUUGAACACUCAAUUUUUCGCUUUUAGAUUCAUAAAAACUUUCCGAAUCUGUACUCUCAGCAACGUGGAAAGACGGCGUCGCAGCAUUUCGGGAACCGUAUCUGACAGAAACUUGAUGGAAGGGUCAGACCGCGCGGAAGAACAUGUGACAGGUAUGCUCCUACCAAGUUAUUUAUGUCUAUAUCGGUUUUUUUUUGCGAACUUUCUUCCAAGAAGACACUCUCAAGAAUUCUUAUUUCAGAAGAAGUUCAUAUUGAAGAGAGUGAAUCUUUGGAUUUUGUUGAGAAGUGGCUUUCUGAAAAUGAAAACAAUGCUCCAAACACCAUCAACGAUCAUCUGAUACGUCUUCUCGCUUUUGAUGCAAUUAAAAAAGUCCGUAAUUUGAUUACUUUCAAGCUUUUAUCUCGAAAACAAGAUGCUCGCUAAUUUGUUUAUCGUUCCAGCGCCGCUCAGCUAAUGACAUUCAAAAAUGUGCCACUCCUUCCGCCAGUCAUUCUUCUGUUUGA